AUGAUGGAAAGGAAUGAGGAAAUGCCCAAGUUGUUAAUCUUCGACUUGGACCAGACGCUGUGGGCCUUCGAUGCGGCCCAGCCACGCUUUCAAACGCCACACCGCUUGGCUCCUGAAGGAGUGCAAUGCCAGGCCGCCGUAGCGAAGCCCUUCAAAGAAGCGGCCGAGAUUGUACGGCAUCUAAAAGGCUCAGGGCAGCGCCUCGCUGUGGCAUCCGCCAAUUCACAGGAGAAAGUGUGCGCCUCUCUGCUCCAGCACAUGGGAUUCCUCCAAGACCGGGCAGGCUUUGGGGGCAUUGAGAAGUCGAUCAUGGCAAUCUACCCUGGCAGCAAGACCGCUCAUUUCAAACAAAUUGCUGACGGCUCAGGCCUCGAGUUUCGCGAGAUGUUGUUUUUCGACGACCGGGCGCUGAAUGUGAGGGCAGCUCAGAAGUUGGGCAUUGUGGCGCACCAGGUGUCCUCAUUAGACGGUUUGACCUGGAAAGACUUCUCUGCUGGACUUGACGCCUGGCGUGCCCAGAGGCGCUCGAGUCUGGCGAUGUCCAAAUGGCUCAGACCCAAAGUUACCACUCCAGCAGGACUGGAGUCAGCCGCCGAAGCACCUCCAGUGGUAGACCUGCUCGUCGAAGCUGAUGAGCCACGUCCUGCGCCGCCCGGCGCCGGUGCCGUGGACGUCAUCGAUUUGUGCCAGUGA